AUGGCCGGCGCGUCAUCAAUCAAGCAUGAGGCAUCGCACUGCAAGCACUGGACCGGCCGAAGGAGACCAAAUGGACGACCAUCCCCCCCCGGCACAGCCCGCUGGCCGCGUGCAGGCAUCCCACAUCCAAUGGCCACGAUGAAGAUCUCGACAGGAUUGCUUCCCUCCUCUACAUACCGCAACCAAAAACUUAUUCUUGGCCCGCCCUCCACCCACCCUCCCGCCCCUCUCUUCAGCUUGACAUGCGCUCUCUCCAAAGCCAGCACAUCAAUGCGUUUUGGCUUGAUUAAUGGGGGGGGGCCGAUGGAUGCCAAACGGAGCAAAAAGUCUGGAAUGGGCAGCAAAGCGUGCAUGAAGAAAAGCAGUACAACCCUCCCCCCAGAGAUGCACUAUUACCUUGGUCCUGCUAACAACCACGGCAUUUCCCUCAAAAAAGAGCUCAUCGUCACAAUUCAGUACCAGUAUCUGUGCUCUCUCUCUCUCUCUCUCUCUGUACUCUCCAGGCUCAUUGCCAAUUGCGGAACAAACCACAACAUCUUGCUACUUGGCUUGCGCCUCUCUUCCUCUCCCAUCUUCAUCUUUUUCCUCGUCGACCAAUCUCAUAUUAUUCUCGUCUUAUACCCUCAAAUUAAGGCCUUGCACCCCGUUGCCCUCCAUGGACGAGGCGCGACCGAUCGCGGGUUGUCUACUCAACGGCAGAGGCGCGCUAUUCAGGACAACUAUGCACUAUGCACCAGGCUGCGCACCAUUCGCCUCAGUCAUCGCUAUGCCGUCAGUCUCAUGCAGCUUGCCCCCCUUCGUCAGACGAGCGUCGCUCUGCCGUCGCCGGCCGUUGUGGCUGGACUCGUCAAGCGAUAUUAUUGGCAUCUAGCAAACGAUAAACAUCUCCGUGCUCAAGUGGGUGCUGACAGCUUGGGGUCUGAUGGACUGUUUGCUUGCCUCGCCGGCUUUCCACCGGGCGCGAGCACCCGACACCGUCGGCCCAAUCAAGAUUCCAAUUUCCCCGUUGGCAUUCCCAUACCCGACUCUUCAUUCUAUUCGCUUUCCACGACGUUAUUCCAUCUUGCUGACAAUGGGGCUUCUACGCAUAGUGAGACGGAUCCAUCAGUCGCCACUGUCCAUCUGAUUGGUUCGUGGGACAAUUUUUCCUCAUCUUAUCCCAUGGACCGUGAUGCCCGGCGCGGUCGCGGCCACUGGCGAGGCUGCCACUCCCUCCAAGACCACGUUUGCGACGGCGCUGGCAGUCGAUACAGGACGCACACCGGUCUCGCCAUGGGCCACACGUACUAUUAUUAUUACGAGUUGAACGGCUCAACGGAAACCUGCAAUCCUAAAAUGCCUUCCACAACAACCUGUCCCUUUCUUCCAGGUCAGAAGCUUAAUACGCUAUAUAUACCCAAGGAAGCUCCCAGUCGCACCCGCUGUGCUUCCCUCACGUCCUUGUCUCAAGAACAGUUUCGAACCAUGGAUCCGCGCGCCAAGUUUAUCACACCGCAACCUGCUGCCCCUUCCCAUGCCGACCUGUCUACCCGUCGCACGGGUACUGCUGCUCCCGCCCUUGCGACCAACUUUGUCUUAUCCAAAGAGCGCCCGAUUUCGGCCAGCUCUCCCAUCAAGUCUCCUUGGCGGCGCUUCUUCAACAAGACGCUCAUCGGUCGCUCCUUGGAGAGCCGCGACCGCCCGCUCAACAACAACGAUGAUCAUCGAAGCCUCGCAUCCACCUCCUCCAACUACGACAUUCGGCCGCAGACGCCGUCAGAAGGGUCUCGCACGCGCGACAUUUCUCCCGUGUCGCUUCGUCGACUCCUCGUCGCCGAGAUUGACACAUCAGUGCGGCCGGUUUCCCGCGGCAGCCUCGCGGCGUCGGUCCAUUCUCGCACACCCACGUUUGACGUUUUCGUAAUGGAGCAAGUUGAGGAGGAGCAAGUUGAUGAGGAAGACGACGACAACUUUGGGGCAGCCGCAGAUGAGCUGUCCUUGUACGCCGUUGACGAAGAAGAAGACGACAACUUUGUGGCAGCUGCAGAGAAGCUGGCCUUGUACACCGUGGAGGAACCGCUAUUUACGACCCGGCUCUCCCCUCCGCCGUUCAAAAGAGAUGCAUCGCCGGCCACGGCCACAAGGUCCUCAGCUCAGACUGUGAUGUCGUUGUCCGGGGGCCCAGAGCCGACGAGCAAGGACGUUUCCACAGGGCUGUUCCUAUCAUCAGUGCCGCAACCUCCAUUUGCGCAGCGAUCAAUGCCAGGGAGUCCGGCUCUCUCGGUGCGGGACACUUUUGUGCCCUCGGCGUGUGCGUCGUCCACCCUGUCCAGCUGCAUGAACUCGCCCGCCUCUCUCGCAUCCUGCGAAUUUUCUACCCUGUGCGAAUUCCCCACGUCGGGCGACUUGUCAAUACUUUACGAUGAAUCCCAUGAUGACGAUGAUGUGGACGAGCGUUCUCCGUGCUCCGAGCACGAGGAGAUGGCCGCCGACGCCGCCACCGCGGCUAUCAGCAACCAUGUCAAGGCACCGUCCACGGCGUCCUUUUCACGGUAUCGUCUGCCGCCGCUGGCCUUUUCCGCGGACAAGCUGCCCGCGGCGGAUAGCGAUGCUAGUGCCCUCUCUCCCAGCCUGCGCUUUGCCGCAAUCAACUCGCCGCUGCUGCUGCCGCGACCAAACGGCGGGCCCGUGGGUGCCGGCGCCGGUGGUGGCGGCGGCGGCUCCAACCUGCUGAACUCGAGCCUCGUCGGUCUUGAUGACUUUGGGCAUGAGCUCAACUCGCAGCAGGACACUUUAGACAUGGUUAGAUGA